UUUUUUUUUUUUUCCUUUUUCUGAAGUGCUUAUUCAUGAUCUAUACAGCCCUGAGUUCAACCUCCACUGGUUGCAGAUAAUAUAAUAUUUGUAUUUGAUUGCAGAAUUUGAAUUUUUGCUUUUGCAUGCAUUGGUGUGGUGUGUUUGGAUUUGUUUACAAGGAUCAUAGAAGCACGGUCCUAUGAAUCUCCAGUUUUCUAUGCCCAUUUUUGUAGGAGGAAAAAUGAUUCUUGAACCACUUUGAUGCUCAUGUUGCCUCCGGUGGCUGCCCGAGGAAAAACUGCAAAAUCUGAUCCAAUUUAUGAUAAUUGACCAGUUAAUGCGUUGGCUAACCAUAUUGUGAAACAUGCCAAAAGUGAACCACGAAAAGACAUUCAACGAAAGACAAAAAAAAGUCCACUUUUUGUUUUACAUCACGCAAUGGAUAAGUAACUCCCGAUAUAGCAGUAAAAGCAAGACGUGUCAGUGAAUUGACUCAUCAAGGUCUCAUUGAAAUAGGAUACUUCGUCUUUUUUGUUAGUGCUUAGCAUUCUGCAUUUGGAAUUCAGGAAACGGGGUCAGAUUCUUCUUUUUCAUUCCAUUUCACGUGCAUCUAAUAAUAGCAAAUCCAUUAAUCUUGUUCAUCAAGUUAGAAAGCUUGAAUGUGGUAUUAAGUGAUAGCUAUAACAUGCAAAAGAAAAUGGAAUUGCGCUACACACAAUUUUUUCUUACUGCUUGUAGCAUGUAAAGCUUUCCAAUUGUUGUCUUAACUAGAAAGUUGAUGUUGGUUUCUUGACUUUCAGAACUAUUGUGAUUGAAGCAUUCAAUCUCAGAUAGUUAGAUUUUGUAGUCCAAUUUUGGGUAUUUGGUGACUGAUUAUACUCUUCACCUGUUUCAGUGAGGCUAUUCACAUGAUGUAUGCAUGGGAUAUCAUGCCGGAUCCAAUACCAGUGACCAUGGCAUGACUCCAGAUUUGAAUCGCCAUGUGGAAUACGACUUUAUGGAAUCUGUCAUCUUCAGCGAGAAUCUGUUAUCUUCAGGGAGAAGCUGUAUGUUGUAUUAAGUGACAACAGUGGCAUUUAAAGACCUCAAUUUCUUUCCUAGAAGUGAGCAUAGCGGUUAUUCAUGCGUUUAAUGCUUCAGAUAUCACGCCUUAAACCAGUGACAUUUUAAUAAAUAUGGAUCUCCAGGAAGAAAGCUCCAGAUUUGGAUCAUUACGUGGCAUGAUUCUAAGGAAUCUGUCAUCUUCAUCUUCAGCAUUCUUUUCAGCAAAUCAGUCUCCCUUCUUCUCUCCAAGAACCUCAAUUUGUCAGAUACCGACACAGUCCGACCUUCCGUCCAAUAUUUCCAGUAAUGGUGGCGAUCCAUUGGUUUCUGGUUUAGAAAUUCCAAAUUCAAAACCUUUAACAAAUGACAGAUUUCCAUCGUCAGACGUUUCACCUAUCCCAGCCACAUCCAUUUCGAGCGACUUCCAGAAGUUAAACCGUGCUGCUUCCCCUACUGGAAAUUAUAACAGCACUCCUUCUUGUUAUGGUAUAGGCAGUGGCAGUGAUUAUUUCAGGUGCAGAGAGCAGCAAAAAAAGUUAGGGCAAUACCAUGGGACUUCUUUCUCUCCGACAUCUACUUCAUUUUCCUCGAACAAACUAAGGAGCUGUGAUGUGUAUUUAGGCUUUCAUGGCCGGAAGCCUCUAUUACUAAGAUUUACUAACUGGCUACGUGCGGAAUUGGAAGUUCAAGGGGUCAGCUGUUUUGUAACAGACAGAGCUAGGUGUAGGAACUCUCGGAAACACAGAAUCAUUGAGCGGGCAAUGGAUGCUUGUACUUUUGGAGUUGUAAUUUUAACCCGGAAAUCCUUCCGGAAUCCAUAUACUAUAGAGGAGCUUCUCUUCUUCUCAGGCAAGAAGAAUUUGGUUCCAGUGUUCUUUGAUUUGGGUCCCGAUGAUUGCCUUGUGAGAGAUAUAGUUGAGAGAAGGGGGGAGCUUUGGGAAAAACAUGGAGGAGAACUCUGGCUUCUAUAUGGAGGACUAGAGAAGGAAUGGAAAGAUGCUGUUAGCGCCCUAUCUCGUGUUGAUGAGUGGAAACUGGAGGGUCAUGAAGGUAAUUGGAGAGAUUGCAUAUUGCAGGCCGUUACCCUUUUGGCUUUGAGGUUGGGUAGGAGAAGUGUUGUGGAUAGAUUAACUAAAUGGAAGGAGAAGGUGGAGAAAGAGGAGUUCCCUUUCCCUCGAAAUGAGAAUUUCAUUGGAAGGAAAAAAGAGCUCUCCGAGCUCGAGUUUAUGCUUUUUGGCAAUGUUAGUGGAGAUGCUGAAAGAGAAUAUUUUGAACUCAAGGCCAGACAUAGACGGAAGAAUGUGAAGAUUGGUUGGGGAAGGAGCAGUUCAGCUGCAGAGGAAAGACAGAGAGAAGGACAAAAGGAGAGUUGUAGAAGGAAGGGAAAAGAACCAUUUAUAUGGAAAGAGUCUGAUAAGGAGAUAGAGAUGCAAAGCACCGAAUCUCCGCAAACUCAACACCAAUCACCGAAGCCAAAGAAUGGUGGAAGGCAAGGUAGGAGAAGAAGAUCUACUGAAGUCGUUUAUGGGAAAGGGAUUGCUUGUGUGUCGGGAGACACUGGAAUUGGAAAGACAGAGUUGCUUCUUGAGUUUGCAUACAGAUUCCAUCAGAGGUACAAAAUGGUUCUAUGGAUAGGAGGAGAAAACAGGUACAUCUGGCAGAAUUAUUUGAAUCUUUGGCCAUUCCUAGAGGUUGAUGUGGGGGUGGAGAGUGGGUUGGAGAAAAACAGGAUCAAGAGCUUUGAAGAACAGGAAGAGUCAGCCAUAGCCAGAGUCCGAAAGGAGCUUAUGCGAAACACUCCUUAUUUAGUGGUAAUUGAUAACUUAGAUAGUGAAAAGGACUGGUGGGACCACAAGCCAUUAAUGGAUCUUCUUCCCCGUUUUGGUGGAGAAACCCACAUUCUAAUAUCCACGGGUCUCCCUCGUGUAAUGAAUUUGGAGCCUUUAAAGCUUUCUUACCUAUCUGGGGUUGAGGCAAUGUCUUUAAUGCUGGGAGGAGUCAAGGAUUACCCGGUUGCAGAGAUUGAUGCUCUUCGUGCUAUUGAAGAGAAACUUGGGAGACUAACCUUUGGCAUUGCCAUCAUUGGAGCAAUUUUAUCUGAACUUCCCAUUAACCCCAGUAGACUCUUGGAUACCAUUAAUCGCAUGCCUUUGAGGGACUUAGCAGGGAGUGGAAGGGAUAGUCAUUCAUUGGGGAGAAAUAAAUUCCUCUUGCAACUCUUUGAGGUUUGUUUUUCGAUAUUUGACCACGCGGAUAAGCCAAGGAGUUUAGCCACUAGAAUGGUAUUGGCAAGUGGUUGGUUUGCACCUGCGGCCAUUCCAGUUUCUUUGUUAGCACUGGCUGCUCACAAGAUACCCGAGAAACACCCCCAUACCCGGGUAUGGAAAAUGUUUUUGAGAUCCUUAGCUUGCGGGUUUUCAUCGUCCUACCUCAGGAAAUCAGAAGCGGAAGCAUCUUCAAUGUUGUUAAGAUUUAAUAUGGCGAGAAGCUGUACAAAGGAAGGCCAUAUCCAGUUAAAUGAAGUCAUCAAGCUUUAUGGGCGGAAGAGAGGAGUCACAGGAGUUGCCCAAGCUGUGGUACAAGCUGUCAUUAGCCGUGGGUCUAUUUCACAACACUCUGAACAUAUAUGGGCAGCAUGUUUUCUGCUUUUUGGAUUUGGUAAGGAUCAGACAAUUGUUGAGCUGAAGGUGUCAGAAUUGUUAUUUCUAGUAAAACAAGUGAUUUUACCGCUCGCAAUCCGGACAUUCAUUACCUUCUCAAGGUGCAGCGCUGCUCUAGAACUCCUUCGCCUGUGUACAAAUGCAUUAGAAGCUGCGGAUCAGGCCUUUGUCACCCCAGUUGAGAAGUGGCUAGAUAAUUCUCUCUGCUGGAAACCUAUUCGGACAAAUGCGCAGUUGAAUCCUUGCCUUUGGCAGGAGUUGGCACUAUCAAGAGCCACUGUGCUAGAAACUAGGGCAAAGCUAAUGCUAAGAGGAGGACAGUUUGACAUAGGGGAUGAUUUAAUAAGGAAGGCAAUCUUUAUUAGAACUUCAAUUUGCGGAGAGGAUCAUCCAGAUGCGAUAGCUGCUCGCGAAACUCUGAGCAAGCUCACAAGGCUUAUUGCCAAUGUUCAAAUGCAUACUUCAGCAUAGAUUCUACAUCUUUCUUUCUUGUAAACAGAGUUUACAUCAGAUUUUAUACUAAGGCUCAGAAUAAAACUUUUCAAGCAUUUCAAA